UGUUGGUUUUUUUUUUUUUUUACAAUAAACUACAUAAUGGAAGUACAUUCAGACAAUGCAUCUUCAGUCGGGCUUAUUCAAAGCUCCAUUUUUGGAAAGCGUUGCAAGACUGAGGACCAUCAGCCUGCGAGCCGCCGGAAACAGUUCCCUUGCAGCACAGAAACAAUCUUCUCGCACCAUCUUCGCAUAUUCUGAUGGCAAAUCAAAUGGAAGAAAAGAGGAAGCAUGACAGCAGAUUGGAUCGAUUCUCUUUGUGGAUUACAUUUGCAGUAAAAUGUAUGGGUCUGUCUUUUCCUUGUUCUGUCUAGAUCAUGAGACUUGACUAAGGCUGUAUCUUUAUCCUCCAUCCAUCUAUGGCGAACUAUAGCCAUGCAGCUGACAACAUUUUGCAAAAUCUCUCCCCUCUAACAGCCUUUCUGAAACUGACUUCCUUGGGUUUCAUAAUAGGAGUCAGUGUGGUGGGCAACCUUCUGAUUUCCAUUUUGCUGGUGAAAGAUAAGACCUUGCAUAGAGCACCUUACUACUUCCUGUUGGACCUUGGCUGUUCUGAUGUCCUCAGAUCUGCAAUUUGUUUUCCAUUUGUAUUCAAUUCUGUCAAAAAUGGCUCUACCUGGACGUAUGGGACUCUGACUUGUAAAGUGAUUGCCUUUCUGGGGGUUCUGUCCUGUUUCCACACUGCUUUCAUGCUCUUCUGCAUCAGUGUCACCAGAUACUUAGCUAUCGCCCAUCAUCGCUUUUAUACAAAGAGGCUGACUUUUUGGACGUGCCUGGCUGUGAUCUGCAUGGUGUGGACUCUGUCGGUGGCCAUGGCGUUUCCCCCAGUGUUAGAUGUGGGCACUUACUCCUUCAUUAGGGAGGAAGAUCAAUGCACCUUCCAACACCGCUCCUUCAGGGCCAACGAUUCCUUGGGAUUUAUGCUGCUCCUUGCUCUCAUCCUCCUAGCCACACAGCUUGUCUACCUCAAGCUGAUAUUUUUUGUCCACGAUCGAAGGAAAAUGAAGCCAGUUCAGUUUGUAGCAGCGGUCAGCCAGAACUGGACUUUUCAUGGCCCCGGAGCCAGCGGCCAGGCAGCUGCCAAUUGGCUAUCGGGGUUUGGAAGGGGCCCCACACCGCCUACCUUGCUGGGCAUCAGGCAAAAUGCAAACCCCACGAGCAGAAGAAGGCUAUUGGUCUUAGAUGAAUUCAAAAUGGAAAAAAGGAUCAGCAGAAUGUUCUACAUAAUGACUUUUCUCUUCCUAACCUUGUGGGGCCCCUACCUGGUAGCCUGCUAUUGGAGAGUUUUUGCAAGAGGGCCGGUAGUACCGGGAGGAUUUCUAACAGCUGCUGUCUGGAUGAGUUUUGCCCAAGCAGGAAUCAAUCCUUUUGUCUGCAUUUUCUCCAACAGGGAGCUGAGACGCUGUUUCAGCACAACCCUUCUUUACUGCAGAAAAUCCAGGUUACCAAGGGAACCUUACUGUGUUAUAUGAAGGAGCAUCUGUAAAUCUUUAGCCUUCUGAAACACUGACCUUCUCUCUUAAGCAACUGUGGCCUGUAGCCAUAUCUUGAGAAGAAAAUCAAGAAUGGGAUUAGUGGUUAUAGGGAUUUGGGGGACUUUCUGCAGUCUUUGCAAUUGUUCACCGAUAAUCCUAUUUUAAAUCUCAGAGUGAUCCUGCUGACUGCCCAUGGAGGUUUGAUAUUGAGAAAGGACUGAACCACUGCCCUCAGUUUCUUUAUGUGGGUGAAAACUAGGUAAUGAAAUUAGCAGGUGCUAAGUAUCAGUGCUAAAUGCUGUGUAUAUCACUACUUAUGAAAAAACAUUUCAAAAAAAAACUAGCAUUGGACAUCUUAAUAAGUUAAGUUGACUUGAGGUAAAUAUGUUGAUAAAAACUAAUUUUAGAAGUUUGAAGAGUUUAAAACAUUUCAUACUAUUAUUGUUUUGCAAAUACUAAAAUACUUGGGGACUUAAAGUACCAUAAUCCACUAAAGAUAUGCCAUGAAUUAUUGAAUUGUGACAUUUAAAAAAAUCAUCUUGUAAGUUUGGAGGUGCAUUCCAAAGCAGUAUAUUGGUUCCAAUUAGAGUUUACUUUUUUUAAAAAAAAAUGUGUGUUUAUUGAUUUUUAGAGAGAAAGGAAGAGGGAGGGAUAGAGAGAUAGAAAUAUUGAUGAGAGAGAAACAUCAUUGAUGGGCUGUGUCCUGCACGCCCCCUACUGAGGAUUGAGCCACAAUCCAGGCAUGUGCUCUGAACAGGAAUCAAACUGCUGACCACUUGGUUCCUGGGUAGACACUCAACUGCUGAGCCACACCAGUCGGAGCUAGAAUCUACUUUUUAAAAAUUAAUACAUUACCAUUACUAAAUACCACUUUCCUUACCUACUAGUUAAAUUGCUAGCAUUGAACUGUAUUAUUUGAUUUUUUUUGAUUUGGUACAAAAUUUUCCCAAUUUGCUUUUAUUUGGCCUGGAAGGCUACAUUAAUGGUACAAUUGAGCUGUUCUAAUCAUUCAGAAUAAACAUGUGUUGCUUUGAAGAGUUAUCUAAUAUCUUUCAUCUUACUUAGUAUUGGAGCAAAUAGUCAAGGGAUAGCAAAUCAGUAACUGGUCAUAAUGCAUCUGGAAGUACAUGGAAGAUCAUUUAUACUCUCUUUUCUUUUUCCUCACGUGGUUUAAAAAUUAAGGUGCACAUUAUUGGAAUAAUGAAAUUGUGCUACUCAUUCUAGUAUGUUCUAAGAAGCAGGCAGUUGAUGUAUGUUUAUAUUUUAAGUCAGCUGUCCAGGGGAGACCAGCCUUAGUAUGACAUCCUGCACAGUUUGUGAAGUGUGUAUUCUACAGAGGGCACAGUCUUGUUUAUAUUUUCUGCACAUUCAGUGUAUUUGUCAUUUAAAUUAUUUCAGAUUUAACUUGUGAAAGCUUUAAUAUGA